UAAACCCGCGAUGAGGCGUCUAGCGUCACUCACAACUCCUCCAGACACACUCUGAACCUCACAUCCCCUCACCAUGAAGGCUAUGCUGCUGAUCGCCCUGGGCCUGGUCGCCCUGGCCGCCGCUCGACCCAACCAGAUCUUUGACUUCGAGGGUGACGACGCUGAGCACGAGCAGGAGGGCGCCGCCGGACACUCCGUCACCGGCGAGUACAAGUGGGAGAGCCCCGAAGGAAUCGAGUUCGUGGUCAAGUACAUCGCUGACGACAAGGGCUACCGAGUCCUCGAGUCCAACGCCGUGCCCUCAGCCAACGGCGUCCUCGCUGACGGCGAACAGGCCGACCUCGAGGGCGACGAGGACGACGAGGACGACGAUGACAAAUAGACAGUCGAGAACGUAAAGACGAUAAUGAGUCGCGCCAAUCAAUGGAAACAAAUUAUUGGAAAACAAAAUUAUAAUUUUUCAACCCGCUACAGGAAAAAAAAAAAUAUUACCUUGCUUGCUGGCUUUCCAAAAUACAUACUGUACAUUAUUAUUAUUUACUGCUUUGUAAAUAAAUUAUUUAUUAUGUAA